AUGGAUAAUCUUUACACUUAAGAAAUUCGAUAGAGAUACAAUUCCUCCAUGACUUACUAGGAAUAUUUGGAUGCUUAUGAUAAACCACCUCCUAAACCUCAUAUUAAACCAAAAGAGUCUCCCUUAAUGCUUGAUCCCUUGAGCCUUGAGCCUCCAAAAGGGCCAAAAAUACAAUAAUAAAAACUGACUGUUUACUCUCCAGAGGAUGUCAUUUUCGAAGAAUCAGAAACUGAUGAGAAACCAAGAGCUGCUAAUCAUAUUCCUUGUUAAAAAGCACUCAUAGAGCAUGAUAUUAGAAUCAGGAGUUAGAGCGAGAACCUCGGAUUUUCCGUAUUUAGAUUUUUGUCAUCAAAGAAGAAUAAAGUCCCAUGAUCCAAUUAUUUUCAUAUAAUAAUUUUUUUCUUUUAACACUUUCCCUGU